AUGGGGUUCACCCUUGCGCCUGAGGUCAUUGAAAGCUUUGGGCGAUGCGGCUUGCCUCAAUUCAAUGGCAAGUCAAGUCUUUCUUUGGCUUUGCAUAGCAUUGCUGAGGUCACGGAAUCCUUGGUGAAAGGCUUCACACGGGGAAUUGGAUCCGAAGUCGGGGAUUGGCAUGGCCUUUUGCUCGGAGGUGCCGGGCAAUUGCCGUACAAGAAUCACAAGCUCAUGCCCUGGAUGGAAUGUAGCUGGCUCAGCUCGCGGCCUCCGCUUGGACCCUUCUCAUCUCAGCAAGGAGAGCGCCUCAGAUCUAGCCCUUUUCGCAUAACUAGUGACCUAGUGGACUUCUUGCAUCUGGGACUCCUGCUGUUGUCAAGUGCACACCUGGACUUUCGUGUGCUGGCCCCUUUGAUUUGCUCACCCUGGCGUAGCGACAUUUAUGCAGCAGCUCGGCAAAGCUGGUUCGCCUGCUUCGGUUUUUGCCCUUCGCCGGAUCGCGCCUGCGCCAUCGGUCCGGGAUCCGUCUUGAGCCGUUGCCGGCCCCGGCCCAACAGCACGCUUGCCUGGGUCUGCCACUGCUGGUGUCUGGUGUCUGGAUUUAUGCACCUGGCCAGCCCGCUCUUGCUGCGGAUUUUGGGCCUCUUUCGACUUUCGGAGGCCGUGGCCGGCUCUGUGCGCCUGGAUGUGAGUUUAUCUGUUCUGGAUGUGGGACUUUCGCGUUAA